UGUAAAGUGACGAUAGGGCGGAAAGAGCCCUUGGGGUCUGGGCCGAGGGGAGGUGCCUCGUGGCUCUCCCAGCUUCACAGUGUGACCAGACAGCUAGUGACUGGCCCAGAGCAUCCCCCCACUUCCGUGACAGCCAUCACCGUAGGUUGGGAUCUGAGGUGGGCAUUGCGAAAGGACAGUGAGCCCCUAAGUACCGCUGAGCCCGAUGCCCACUUCCUCUUUGCUGCAGCUGCCACAAUGCUGCCGCUGCCCUCGGAGCAGGCCCUGAAUGAGCUGCUGGUUCGCAAGGAGGAGGAGUGGAGAGCGCUGCAGGCCCACCGCUCCCAGCUGCAGGAGGCAGCCCUGCAGGAGGCGCAGAACCGGCUGGAGGAAGCGCAGGGGAAGUUGCGGCGCCUGCAGGAGGACUUCGUCUACAAUCUGCAGGUGCUGGAGGAGCGGGACUGCGAGCUGGAGCUCUAUGACGCCGUGUUCGCCCAGGCCCGAGGGCUGGAGGAGGCCAGGCAGGCCGAGGUGAGCGAGCUCAAGAUCGAAGUGGCCAAGCUGAGGCAGGCGCUCACCACGGAGGCCAGGCGGCUGGCAGACGUGCAGCAGCAGUACCAGCUGAAGUUGCAGGAGCAUUGCCUGGAGCUGGAUCGGGUCCACAGUGACAAGAACAGUGAGAUUGACCACCAGCGGGAACAGUAUGAAAACCUGAAAUGGAAGCUGGAGAGAAGACUUAAGGAGCUUGAUGGCGAACUUGCUCUGCAGAGGCAGGAGCUGCUGCUGGAGUUUGAAUGCGAAACGCAGAAGAGGGAGCACGAAUUCCGCCUGUGGGCCGAUGGCAUGAGCAACGUGGUCUUAACGCACGAGCUCAAGGUCAAACUAUUGAACAAAGAGCUUGUGGCUCUGAAGGAAGCUGGAGCAAAGGCAGCAGAGUCUCUACAGAGCGCCGAGAUGGCCAACUUGGAGCUGGAGAAAAGGCUGCAGCACAGAGCCUGGGAGCUCAGGGACCUCACCACGGUGAGAGAUGCCCGGAUAAAAGACUUAGAGGGUAAGCUUCACUCUGUGCAGCUGACCAGGAGAAAAGAAAAGGAAACGUGUAGGAAGAAGCAUGAGGAGCUCGACCAUUGGGCCAGGGAAAGGGACGAGGUGCUGGCGGCGGUGAAGGGUGCCCACGUGGAGCAGCUGCGGGUGCUGGAGGCAAGGGCUCUGGAGCUGCAGGCCCACUGCGAGACCCUCAAACUGCAGCUCCGCAGGGCUGAGCGCAGGCAGAUGGACGCCUUGAAGGAGAAGAAUGCCGUCAUUGACAAACUUCAGGAAGACGCGGCAGCUCUAAAAUCCGGCUGGGAUGCCCAGAUUGCUCGACUGUCCAAGGAGAUGAUCUCCAAAGACCUUCAGGUUCAUUCGCUGCGGGAAGAAGAGGUGAUGCUCAAGGCACAGCUGGCCAGAUGCCAGCAGGACAUCGGAAGGUAUAAGCAGCAGCUGUCUCUGGCAGCAGAAAGGGAGCAGAGCCUGGAACGUGAUAAGGUACAGCUGGAACUGGACUGGCAACAUCGCUGUGAGGGCCUAGAGAGGGACCAGUUCCAGAGGUCCGAGGAUCUGAUUCAGGCUCUGAUCACGGCUAAAGAGCAGGUUACUGCCAAGCUCCAGGAGACAGAGCGGACACUGUGUGACCGGGAGGUGGUGCUGAAGGCCCUGACCCUAGAGCGAGACCAGGCCGUGCAGGCGCUGAGGACACACGGGCCCCUCCCCAAGAGGGAGGUGCAGAGGCCUCCAAGUUGUCAUGAAGGAGAAAUAAGUAAAAGUUUUCCAUCUAGUGAGAUCCAGUGGCUACAAGAGCAGAACUCAAGCUUGCGAAAUGCUGUUGCACAAAUGAGGAAAGAAAUGGAAACUCUGAGUGAUCAAAUUCUUCCUUCUGCCCAGUCAGGAGGAGAGACUUCAGAUACAAACCAACCUGAUCCAAAGACAACAGCAGAUGCCGCCACUCCUGAUUAUGUGCUGGCCCUUGAAGCAGAAAUACGAAGUCUAAAGCAUAAAUUUAAAACCCUGGAAGAACAACUAGAAGAUAUGUUAGAUCCUUCAAAGAUGUCCUUAUCUUAUACUGAUGUUCAACCCAGCGUCCAUACCUCGACAGAAAGCACUGGAGGAGCCAUGCCAGCUGAUGGUGCAUCCACGAGAUUAGCACUCAGGAGGCUUGGAGACAGGGCACGUCUCUUGAACUUCCUGGUGACCGGGCUCAGACAGAAGGUGCUGCAAAAACCCUUGGACAUGGACACUGUCCAGCGAGAGCUUCCUCACGAAGUGGACCAAGUGCACCUGGAGGUUUUGGAGCUUCAGAAGCAGGUGGCUGAGCUUGAGAAGCGUCUCAGGACAGUGUGGAAGGAAGGCAGGGUGGCUUCAAGCAGGCAGCAGCUGCAAGCUUCCUGCCCCAUGGCCCUCAGGAGAGAGGACCUCACAGGCAGAGGACCCUCAGGGACUGUGGACCAGGGGACAUUCUCUGUGCAUCUGAGCCGGGGCACAGCCCCCACAAGUCUUGUCUGUGGCCCGACUCCAGAGAAAACUAAAGGAGGCGGCCCGAAAAAUCCUCUGCCUCCGUCUGGAGAAGGAGCAGCUCCUGGAGAUGGGAAACAGGCUUCGUGCGGAGCUGGGCUGCCCCACAGUGUCAGAGAAAGCCCCAAAUCCCUAGUGACCAAGUUUGUGGCCUUCUCUGAAGGCCGGUGGGUGGGUGGAGGUGCCAGGGAGCCACCUGUCCUCAAGUUGCACCUGUCCCUGUCCACGCUCCUGUCAUUCCACGGCACGUGGAAGUGCAUGGGUGUGGAGCUGGCUGCAGCAGAUGGAGACCAUGAUACCACCCACUGUGGGGUGGAGGCCAAGACCACGGGGAAGCCAGUGCACCUCGAGCAGGCAAAGAUCCGGGAGACCAACACGAGAACAAACCUUUCCCUUGUCUUGUUUCUAGCGAAACCAUCUGGUUACUCUCUUCCCAGCCCUGGGGCCCAGAACGCAGGUGAGGCACCUGAGGCACCUUUGGGACAGCUGCAGCCACACCCGCCAGCUCAGGACUCUCAGAAUGCCGAGAAAGAAUGUUUCUCCGAAUGCUCAGGAAAGAUCCAACCCUGCUCGGCACAGACAGUCUGCAGAAACGAGACUCCGCACGGCUCUACGGCGGGAGCGGCGGUGGGGCCGAGGCAGAGGCAACACAAAAGCUCCACUGUGACUUGCAAGUCAACUUGUCAGGAAGAAAACCAGUCCCCAAAGUCACUCCCGGCUCAAGAAUUCCACGAGGAAAACGGCCACCACACCCAAAGAUCCUCACCACUUGCCAGCAGUUCCCUCCAGGACACAUGGAAGUUACUCGACCUGGGAUCCAGCCCUUCUGGCCGCACCUCCCAGGAUGACUCAACUCCAGCAGCCAAGAGUGUCCAGCACUCUGACAGGAGCCCCAUCAAGAUGCCGGCAGCCUUUGCCAUUGAAGGGAUGAAGAUGGAAACCCAGGCAAAGACCAAGCCUUCCAGGGCUCACCCUGUAAAACCUAAAGGCUGCCAGUGGCCCCCCAAGAUCCGUAACUACAACUUCAAGGACUGACUUCUUCGGCUGCCCCUGCCCCUCCCCACCCUCUUCUCUCUCCGCACCCCCUUCCUCUC